GAAGGACUUACUCCAUGGAUAAUUAUGCCCUGCGGGGCUGGACAAGGUUUGACGCUGGUCCCAACAUCGAAAAAUGCACAAAGCCUGAACUGAGAAAUGGUUACAUCUCCGAGGCCAAACUUGUGUACAAAGUGAAAGAGAGGAUGCGUUAUGGGUGUGCUUCAGGAUACAAAACCACUGGAGGGGAAGACCAAGAGGUGGUUCAGUGUCUCGCUAAUGGCUGGUCUUCUCAGCCAGCCUGCAGGGAGCUGCAAGAUACUUGUUUGGCUCCCGAACUGUAUAAUGGAAAUUAUUCCAAAUUGCAGAAAACAUUUAAAGUGCAGGAAAAAGUGCAGUAUGAAUGUUCUCCUGGCUACUACACAGCAGGAGGAAAGAAGACAGAAGAAGUAGAAUGUCACUCCCACGGAUGGUCGCUCACACCAAAAUGUCACAAAUUAAGUUGUUCUCCUUUAAGAUUAAUAGAAAAUGGUUAUUUCCAUCCUGUCAAGCAAACCUAUGAAGAAGGAGAUGUUGUUCAAUUUUUCUGUCAUGAGAAUUAUCACCUAAGUGGAUCUGAUUUAAUUCAGUGUUACAAUUUUGGUUGGUACCCAGAAUCUCCUGUAUGUGAAGGAAGAAGAAGUCGAUGCCCUCCUCCACCUAUGCCUCUAAACUCCAAAACUCAAACAUAUUCAACAGCCUAUCGUCACGGAGCAACAAUUCAGAUACAAUGUGAGCUAAAUUUUGAGAUACAGGGGCCAGGAGAAAUGCAUUGUGAAAGUGGAAAGUGGACAGAACCUCCCAAAUGCAUUGAAGCAAAGAGGGUAGCCUGUGCCCAGCCACCUGUCAUUGAGAAUGGUGCAGCGAACAUGCACUCUGGGACUUAUUAUAGUGGGGAUACAGUGACGUACAAAUGUGAUAGUGGCUACCACCUCCGUGGAACCAGUGCAAUAACUUGUAACCGUGGAAAAUGGACAGCGCUCCCUGAGUGCACUGCAAAUAUUGAACAUUGUAAGCCCCCACCCAAUAUAACCAAUGGGGCUGUUGUUGACGGGUUGCUGACAAGUUAUGCAACAGGAUCUUCAGUGGAGUAUAGAUGCAAUGAAUAUUACUUACUAAGGGGACCAAAAAUAUCUCGUUGUGAGCAAGGAAGAUGGUCGCCUCCACCCGUUUGCUUGGAACCUUGUAUUGUUAACAUGGAUGACAUGAAGAGAAAUCAUAUACAGAUGAAGUGGGAGUAUGGAGGGAAGAUCCUGCAUGGGGAUUUAAUAGACUUCAUGUGUGAACCAGGAUAUGACUUGUCACCGUCAAGCCCACGGUCAGAAUUGUCUGUGCAGUGCAACAGAGGAGAAGUGAAAUACCCCUUGUGCAUUAGCAAAGAGUCUUCCGGAAUGUGUGCAUCCCCUCCACUUAUUAAACAUGGAGUCAUUAUUAGUUCAAUAGUAGGCACCUACGAAAAUGGCUCCUCAAUAGAAUACAAAUGUUUUGAUAACUAUUUUCUACAAGGGUCUAGGGAGGCCUACUGUGUAGAGGGAAAAUGGACUACGCCACCCAUGUGUUUAGAGCCUUGUACAUUAUCAUUUGUUGAAAUGGAAAGGAAUAAUUUACUCCUGAGAUGGAAUUUUGACAACAGACCAUUUAUUUUCCAUGGCGAGUAUGUGGAGUUUCUUUGUACCAGGGACACUUACAUAGAGGAGUCAUCUGUCCUCGGGUCCAGGCUCAGAGUGCAGUGUGUCAGAGGGCAGUUAAACUACCCGAGAUGCAUUGCAAGGUGA